CCCAGACGCUGCUGCAGUUUUCAAACCUCAACUGUAAGCCUUGGUCACCGUCUCUGCUGCCGUCGCCUGGAGUCACCUCACAGGGGGACAGGUCACAACUAUCGGCUCUUGUCCGGAAAAGUAAAAGUGGGUCCUUCUACUUUCGGAGCUACCCAGCGCUGCAGCCGGCCUGUCGCGGACACCGGCGUGGGGCAGGACAGGAGCCCCCUCGAAGGGGGCACCGCGGAGAGAACCUGCGGCAGCUGGAGCGGCCUGACUGGUAAACAUUAUUGGCAGUACAGCCCGUUGUAUUCAUGAUUCAGGCACAGAUAAGUGACUAAAGAGGCAUACUGGGGAGUCAUCUAACAUGUCGAGGAGAAGAUUUGACUGCCGAAGUAGUUCGGGGUUGCUAACUACAGCUCCUCAAACACCAAUGAAAACUGAAAAUUUUCAUAAUUUCUAUACGCUUACACCUAAAGAGCUAGGAAGAGGAAAAUUUGCUGUGGUUAGACAAUGUAUAUCAAAAUCUACUGGCCAAGAAUAUGCUGCAAAAUUUCUAAAAAAGAGAAGAAGAGGACAGGAUUGUCGAGCGGAGAUUCUGCAUGAGAUUGCUGUGCUUGAAUUGGCAAGGUCCUGUCCCCGUGUGAUUAAUCUUCAUGAGGUCUAUGAAAAUACCAGUGAAAUAAUUUUGAUACUGGAAUAUGCUGCAGGUGGAGAGAUUUUCAACCUCUGUUUACCUGAGCUGGCUGAGAUGGUCUCUGAAAAUGAUGUUGUCAAACUCAUUAAACAAAUACUUGAAGGAGUUUAUUAUCUACAUCAGAAUAACAUUGUACACCUUGAUUUAAAGCCACAGAAUAUAUUAUUAAGCAGCAUAUACCCUCUUGGGGACAUAAAAAUUGUAGAUUUUGGAAUGUCUCGAAAAAUAGGGAACGCAUGUGAACUUCGGGAAAUCAUGGGAACACCAGAAUAUUUAGCUCCAGAAAUCUUAAACUAUGAUCCCAUUACCACAGCAACAGAUAUGUGGAAUAUUGGUAUAAUAGCAUAUAUGUUAUUAACUCAUACAUCACCAUUUGUGGGAGAAGAUAAUCAGGAAACAUACCUCAAUAUUUCUCAAGUUAAUGUGGAUUAUUCAGAAGAAACUUUUUCAUCAGUUUCACAGCUGGCUACAGACUUUAUCCAGAGCCUUUUAGUCAAAAAUCCAGAGAAAAGGCCAACCGCAGAAAUCUGCCUUUCUCAUUCUUGGCUGCAGCAAUGGGACUUUGGAAACUUGUUUCUCUCUGAAGAAACUUCCAGUUCCUCUCAAAUUCAGGAUCAUACAAUAAGGUCCUCUGAAGACAAGACUUCCAAAUCCUCUUGUAAUGGAACCUGUGGUGACCGAGAAGACAAAGAGAAUAUUCCAGAGGACAGCAGCAUGGUCUCCAAAAGAUUUCGCUUUGAUGACUCAUUACCCAAUCCCCAUGAACUUGUUUCAGACGUGCUCUGUUAGAGCUUUUCUCUUGACUCAUUUGGACUGAAUUUGAAAUUUUAAAUCCACUCCAGUGUGAAAUUGUGGUUUAUAGCCUCAUAUAUGACAUGUUUAUGUUGUACAUGCACUUUUGCAUAGAAACAUUUGAGGAAAUGUCUUAAUGCUAAAUUACUGGUUAUUAGCACAGUAUCAUUUCCUAUGGUGAGAUAGCUCUGCAGAGAAGAAAAUAUUUAAAUAUAUGACAAAAAUUAAAAUUGUACAUGUGGCUCAUGUGUUAGUGAAAUAGUUUUAAGUUCAGAUGAUACUUAACAAAAUGUUUUCACAUGUCAGGAAAAAAAGUGGUUUAAAUUAUAUUAUGGUUGGUGUAAACUGAAGAAGAAUGAAGACAAUGGAAUUUGAUAGAUUCUCUCUUUAAAGUGAGCCUUGUAUCAUGCCUCUGUUGACAUAAUUUGUUUAGGAAAGUAGUGUCAAGUUUAAACCAAAAUAUAUACUACUUUAUAGGUGGUCAAGAAGCAUUUUGCAGUUGAAAAUAUUUCUCAAUUACAAAUACUUUGAAACCACAUAAGAUUUCCAUUAUAUCUGGUCUACUAUAUGAGAGAGGUCUUUAACCAGAGCAAAGAGGGAGUUAGAAACCUGAUCAGGGAUAUUCUCUAAAAGUUGGACCAGAGAAGGGUAGCAUGGCUUCAUUUUUUAACUCAAAUGUUUUUGCCAACUCUCAACAUUCUUCAAACCUAAUAAGGUCUGGAAGAUGGAGAAUAGUAUGCAAGUGUAGGGGCUUUCUAUCCUCCAGACUUUCUGGAGUAGAAGAUACUUUGGUAAAACUAUGUGUACUCUGUUUUUAAUCAGUCUAAUCUAUUUAUUAAUUGAGAGUAGAAGAAAAUGUUGACAGACUCAGACAGCUUACUGAAUUUUAGAUGACUUCAAAAUCUUAAAUGAAAGCCAAUCCUUUGGAGAGUUCUAAAAGUAUACAUUAAAAAAAAAAAAAAAUCACAGCACCAGUCAGACCACUGUGCAGUGCCCAAAUCAGUGAGUAGCAAGGCUGGUGUGGUUCUGAAACUAGGUGACAUCAAGCCCUUCUAAAAUCCUCACAUAAAAUCCCGGUGAAUGAGGAGGCUCCACAUGGGGCCAUCUGCAGGAAUGGCCCCUAAGUGUGGCUUUCACUGGGACCUGUGAAAGAGAUAAUGUGCGAUCCGUGGCCAGUGAUGUGUUCAGUCCUAAUGGAGGUGGGGCGGAACUUACUCCUCUUUGGAUGGUCAUCUUGGAUAAGUUUCUGCCUGUUGACCAUCAAAAAGUUUAUUAUAUUGUCAUGUUUAGAUAACUGUGAUCUCCUGACCACAUCACUAUAUCAGAAGAAACUAUAUUUUGACCAAAAACAAAACCUGGUGUUUCCCUUUAGAAUUAUAUAUUACUCUAAAACUUUCUUGACAAUAUCAACUUUUGAUAAGACAAAAUCUUCAGUAAUAAAACUGUUUCCAGUAGCCAUCGGGUCAAUUUAUUUGACUGAAUGGUGAAUUUUCUUCAACAUCUUCAGCAUUUUUUAAGGAAAAGUCAUUUUUGCUUGUGCGUGUAUAUGUGUGUGUGCAUAUGUGUAUAUGUAUAGGUGCAUGUAUAUAUGUAUAGAUGGAUAAAAUACAGUCUUUGGACAACUUUCUCUUAGAGAUUCUUUUCUGUAGUUUAUUGUGCUCAACUCAGGUGCCAAAGGAGGUCUUAUGACAUGUAAAUAGACAUUUAAAUUCUUUUAAGUAGUAGUUUGUUGGUCUGACAAAGCAGACACCGCAGAAGCUAAACUGAGUUCUUUUAUAUAUAAAACUGAUGAGUUGUUUCUAAAUUGUUAAUUGUCCACUUAUUUGCUUUCAGUAUUAAGGAAAUUCAGGAAAAGCUUAGUAAGUCAUUAGAGAAUGAGGAAAUUACUACAUUUCCAAAAGACCAUAUAUAUUUUUAAAAAAAUUUUAGGAGAAUUAUGCCAUACCAAAAAAUAAAAAGAAUAUUUGAAUUUUGAAUUGUAAGCUAGUUUUUAAAAAAUAUUUUAUGCUAGUGCCUUUUCCUUUGAAGAAUCUUAAAAUAGUUUAUAUGUCCUCUCCCGACCCAGUUAAUAGAAUACAUGGACUUGUAAAUUUCCAUAUCUUUUCCCUGACAUUGUUUUAUUAUAAAAAAGCAGUGGUUGCACAAAGAGUAUAUAAAUUCAGCUUUUUCAUAAAGGCGAAUUGAAAUAUUUUUACCGAUGUAAUUGUGAAAAUAAUAUUUUGAGAGAAUUUGUUAGCAAAAAAACUCAUUUUACUCUUUUUUUCUCACUAUUGGAAAGAAGUCAGUCAAAAGCAAAUAAUACAUCUCACUAAAGUAGGAAUCUAGAGAGCUCCUCCGAAUGACAGAUGUCAGUAACACUUAAGCACAUCUUAAGAUACAUGUUCAAUUGUGACGUUUCAAUAAAGUUUAAUUUGCUUUUUGGAUAGGAUCCCAGGAUAAAUGGGAUUUGAAAACAGAUGACAAUUACAACUGUCAUUUUAAUUAUUUUCUCUAUAGUAAAGUUCAUCUAACUGAGCAGUAAAAUUACAAUGGCACUUUAAAAGAAGUAAACAGUACCUGUUCUGUCAUCUGCAAUGAAGGGAGGUGCUUGUGCCACACUGUAAAUCAACACAUAGCUUCCUUUAGCAAGAAAGUCUCGUUAUGAAAAAUAAGUCGGCUGCCCCAGUGUGAUUAGUGCUGUAAUUGAUUUUCAUUCUGGCACAAGCUCUUUCUUCAGUAGCCUUGCUCUUGGCAACAUGUAUAAAUGUUGGUAUUUUAUCACUGUUUACAUUUCUUCUGGACUUUUUGUUGUUUUAAUUUCAGUUUGAUAUCUGACUUGGAAACUUGUCCUUACUCAUUAUGCAAACAAUUGUACGUUAAUUUCAAGUUGUAUCGAAACUUCUGACUUCCAAUUAGGGGGAUAUUAGCAGUUUGUAAUUUUAUAAAAGUAUUUUAAAGAACAGUCAUUGUAAUUUCAUACAAAUUACAACUGCCCUACUGUCUUAACUUUAAUUAAAUGAUCAUGUUGCUUAAGUCACAUAGAUGACAUUAUUAGACUACUCCGUAAAAAAAGGAAAAUUGUUUAUUACAUCCACCUAAUAAUCCUUGACUGGCUAAAUAUUAAAAAGCACUUUUUUACA